AUGAACGCCUUUCGCUACCUGCAAGUCGCCACACGACCAGCGACGUUGCGGACUUGUCUUCUCCGGCCCACGACAAACCCAAGCACAGCACUACCACCACGGACUUCAACCUCCGCUACACGUUCCAUAUCUCUCUUGGCUCCACGCCGUCCCAUCCUUCCGCCCUCCUCUUCACCUCUGGCCCUUCCUUCUCCUGGCUCCUCGUCUUCUGGGGUCAUUCCUUCUGCUGCCGCUCUCGAUCUUGCACCCAAAAUCUCUCUCCACCCUGCUUUGGGCUCCACCCAGAUUCGUUGCGGCCCGCGUGAUACUUACAACCCAAGCCACAUCGUAAGGAAGAGGAGACAUGGUUUCCUUGCCAGGAUACGGACAAAGAAGGGCAGGAAAUUGCUUAUGAGGAGGUUGAAAAAGGGGCGGUGGAACUUGAGUCACUAG